GAAUCAUAACAUUGUCUGUAAACAAAAGUUCAUUGAGUAGACUUGGGUGUAGUAAUAUUUUCAUUUAUCCUGAAAAACUAUAAUAGUUUAAAAUUGAAAUUUAACAAUUAAUUUUACAAGUCUUAAUAAAAUCAUAUCAAACAUAUAAAUAAUAAUGUCAAGUACAAUACUAGCAAUGGACGACAAUGUACCUCAUUUCGAAGCUGAAGAUAAUGUAUCAAAAACUGAACAUCGGAAAAAACUGAAUGGUAAAUUCAUUUUGAGAAAACCAGAAGACGAAGUUGUUGCCAUAAUUCUCUCGGCCAUUAUUGGGAGCAUAAUUGAGAGAUGGGAGUCUAUCGUCACUGCUCAGAAUGGAAUGAAACCUCCUACCACAACAAGUGAGGCAGAAAAUGAUGACCAGUUACAAGAUGAAACUCGUGUUAGUUUUGGCAGUUUAAAAUCACACGACAGUACUACCACUGCAAAAAAAGACAGUAUUAAUGAGGUAUCUUCGUCCAGCAGAAGUAGAACAUCAAACAAAAGCGUACAUGAGGAACCCGGUGAUGUGGCUCUUCACCACAAUGAUCAACCACCAGAAACAACAACAGAUCAGCUAUCUGAAACAGAACAUUCUACUAGUGAUGUAUCUAAUAUUUCAAACACUGUUAGUGAAGAAAUUGAAGAAGAGUAUGAGAUAGAGUUGAAAUCGUUUUUUGAACACCUAAGAGAGAAAAUAUUUGGUUGGGAAAUUCUUAAAACUGAUACAGAAGUAGUAAUGGUUUUUAAACAAGGACACUCCUAUCAGGGUAAACUGGUAAACUGUCGUAUGCAUGGACACGGGAAAUUUUACUGGGCUGACGGUAGUGUUUAUGUGGGUGAUUUUUACAACGGAGAGAUGUCAGGGGAUGGGUACAUGCAGUGGGCAGACCUGAGCUGGUAUGAAGGCCAGAUGCAACAAGGCUACAGACACGGUCUUGGUCUGUUCGUGCAGAGUGUAGGCUUCUACACGGGUAGCUGGCAGUGUGGGAGACGGCAUGGGCUGGGUGCCAUGUACUACAACCGCAACAACACCAGCCGAGACUACUACAAUGGGGAGUGGGCAAGAGAUUGCAAGCACGGCACAGGGCUACGCUGCUACCCCUCGGGAGCCAUGUACUCGGGCCAGUGGAAGGGCGGAGUCCGGCAUGGACUGGGAACUAUGGUCUGGACCAAUAAUGAUGUGUACAGUGGAAAUUGGGAAAACAAUCGGAUCCAUGGCUAUGGAGAAUACACCUGGGAGACUUUCUUCAACGAACAGUUGGUUGUGCCUCAAGAAAAUUGUUACUAUGGGAGCUGGGAUAAAGGGGUACGGCAUGGAAAGGGGACAUUAGAAACAAGUUUGGGUGUGACAGUCCGUGGCACUUGGAAGAACGGAAAGAAACAUGGGCCAGCCGAAGUGAUAUGUAGCAAUGGCAGUUUUGUGUACAGCGACAAUCUCUUCACACAUGGCUGUAUCUCUUCAGUUUCUGACAUUGAAGUCGAUUCUCUUGUAGAUGACAGCAUAUGUUCACUCAACCACUACAAAGUUCCAGUAACCGCACCACAUCACGAUAUAAAUCUCACAUUUUACACCGGAAGACUCAGUGCUUACUUGAAUGAUUCCAAGAGGACUGGUAAAACAGAACGUCACACAACUAUAAGAAGCACAGUUUACAGUAAAACAGACUCUAAUAAUUUAACCCCCUUUACCUACAAUGAGGAUGAGAAGCUAGAAGCGGGAUUUGAGGAGAUUCUUUUGCGCAAUGUGGUACUACAGUACUUAUCAGCCAUGAAGGUGGUUUAUGUGAAGUACUCAGAGUUGUGCUGCAAGACCAAGCCAACAUUUCCGACAGUUCUGAUGAGGCUGAUGUUCUGGCAACUGCUGAUAGACUGUAACCUUCACUCUAGAGGACUGUCUUUGGCUGAUUUUGAUAUUCUUAUUGCAAAUAACAAGGCCUCCCUAGUCAAUGCAGUCCAUUACCCAUUCGAAAGAUUACAGUUUUGGCAGUUUUUGCAUUGCAUUAUAGAAGUAUCAUGGGAGCUGUAUGGGAAACGAAGGAAUGGUACACCAAACAUCCAGGGUUAUCUGGCAGCCGGAUUGCACAAACUUAUUACUUCGGACAUUUUGCCUAAUGCUGGCCGCCAUAGAGGUCAAGUUCUAUUUAAAAAAAGAAACUUGUUGAGCCUGGACGCCCUGUAUUGGUACUAUAAAGGACUUGGAGAACCCCUUUCAGCAAGGAAUUUCUUAAAGUGUGCAUUUGCUCCUUUGGACAAAAACGGAUAUAAAAAGCCCAUUCCCAAUUAUCCCGAACAUCUUCUACAUGGUAAAAAUGUAAUCGGAGUUGGAGGAAAACUGACUUAUUAUCCUGCUGAUGGACCGAUGUUACCUGAGACAAAAUGUGCUGACAACACUCACCCGCAAGAUCUGACAUGCCUGAGUGGUAUCGGGUUACUCUCCGUGUUCCAGUGUCUUCUAAAAGUAUGCCCCAACAUCGCUGUUGGUGGAAUUGUCAUAAAUAUCGAUUACAAGAUUGUAUUUUUAGAAUUCUAUGAACUUUUAUUAAUGUGUGCAAAAUUAGCUGUUAAAAAGAGAAACAUAGAAAGCAAAGCCGAUGCAGCUGAAAAGUCAAUCGAGGAUAUUCCAGAAGAGGAAACGCAUAUUGAUGAACAAGUGACAUUUGAUGAAGAGACUAAAGUGUCCGAAACAGAAGUAAAGCCAAAAAAAUUAUCUAAAACAAAGAAGAAAAAGAAGUAAUACUCCUCAUUUCUGUCCUACAACAAUUGUAUGUGAUUUUGAUUGUUUUAAAAACUAAUAAAUGUUAUUUCUUUUAAAACUAAAC